GGGAAAGUCUCAAAAUUAUUCGGCACUAAAGGAAGAAUGAAAUUGGCAUUGUUUUUACUGGCAUUUUUGUGUUGUUUUUCGGAGGGUGAUGGUGGCGGAAGUCAACCAUCGCCUCUGUCAACACACGCAAUUCGUCUAACUUCAAUACGUACGUUUUUAGGAGACCUAGUACAAUUGGAACUCAUUAUAGGAUACCCCCAAUAUUAGAGACACCUCUAUUUAAGAGACUUUUUUAAUUUGGUUGGCCACUGGUGUGAGGGAGUUGCAUAAGCGAUACUUUCUUCUUAAAGUAUCCUCUAAGAUACUUAACCCAGUAUUAGAGACAGCUCAGUUCAACAGAAACUGAUUUUAAAAUUUGGUUGGCUUAGGCAAGAGGUCCUGAAAGAUACACUAUUUAAGAUGCUUUUAUUAUAAGGUACAAUUUUUCAACCCCAUGUUUGUAGGGUUCCUUUACCGGCGAGUGGACUUAAUUUAUUUGACUGUUUAAUAAAGAUGGGUUACUUGAUAAAUUUUGUAAAAUCAAAGUUUUCUUAGGAGCUCCAAGACUUCAAUUUUUAAAACAUCGAAAACUCAAACCACCAAAUUCUAAUCAAAGUAAUCAUCGACUGACAAUGACUGAUGAAUCUAAAAGUCAACUAAGAGAAACUGAAGAGAGUUUGUCAAAAAUUUGGAAGCAAACAGAAUAUCCUUCAAAGUCAGCAAACCCGUUGACUUUGAAGAAAAAACCACUUGAAAAAGCUUUGAACAAGAUUAAAGAUAAGAAGAAGAACGAAGAGAAUAUAAAAAUCUUUGAGGAGGAAGAUUUUUUCAAAUUUUUAAAAGCAAAAAUUAAACAAAAAAGAGAGGAACGUCCAAAAUUUAAGAGGGCUCAAGAAGCUCGUUUUUCUUCUGGAAAAAUUUGGGUUUCUCCGCCAUUAGUGGAUUGGGCAGGGCAAUUAAAUGAAGAAAUUGUUGAAAAUCUGUUUAAAAAUCUUCCAAAAAUGUUGAAACAUGUAGAAGUGGCUGAAGAGGCUGUGAAUAUGGUUUUGGUAUUAGAUGAGAUUAAUCGUGUCAUGGAAUACGAGACGGCAAUAAAUGAAAUUGAAUGGGCUUUGGAGGAUGAAGAAGAGAAGAAAAUGAAGGAAGAGGAAGGGAAGAUGGGGAAUGAAGUAGAGAAGGAGGAAAAGGGUGAAGAGAAGGGAGAACUGAAGAAAAUGAAGGAAGAGGAGAAGAAGAUGAGGAAUGAAGUCAUGAAGGAUGAACUAGAGGUGGAAGAGAUGAAAAUGAAGGAAGAGGAAGGGAAGGUGAGAAAUGAAGUCAUGAAGAAAGGAAGAGAUGAGGAAGAGAAGGAAGGGAAGAUGAAAGAAGAGAAUGGGAAGAUGAAGAAUAAAGUCAUGAAGGAAGGAAUGGAUGAAGAAGAGGAAUAUGAAAAGAUGAGCAAGGAGAAGGGGAAGAUGCGGAAUGGACUUGUGAAGGACGAACAGGAUGAAGAAGAAAAGAAGGAGAAGAUAAAAGUUGAAAAAGUUGUGACUUACAAACAAGAAAAAUAUAAAGAUGGAAAGGGUCGUUUGUACCACCAUUGGCUAAAAUUAACUCUUUAUGGAAUUCUCAACAUUUCAGCGCCGGGGGAUAAUGUGGAUGAACGGUUGAAGGAAGGAUUGGAACGUUUAAAUCAAGCAAAUGAUUUUGUUAAUUUAUUACAUGAAGAAAACAAGUCUAGAAUUGAGUUUGAAGUUGGGGUUGAAAAUAGCAAAAAUUUGUUAAACCGCGCAGCUAAAGUACUCAACAAAUUUAACAAUUUUCGAACCUCUUAUUUCCAGCCAGGUUCCGUAUUAGAUAAAUACAAAGUAAUUGAUGACAAAAAAUUGAAAAAUAAAAAGGAGGUAUACAUUGAUAGACAGCCUUCUAUUAAAAUUAAGGAAGAUAAUUGGUUAGAAGAAGCAUCAAAAAAGUUGAGAAAAGAAAGGGAAAAGGAGUUAAAGCAUGUUAUGAAAUCUGUGAUUUUUAGUGGUAAUGCGCUUGUGAUUAAUAAAACAGUGGAUUGGUCGAAAGAAUACAAUGCUAAUUUUGUUGUUGAAAUGCUCUCUAGGUACAUAAUUAUAAAUAACUAA